GCUCCUGUAUCGUGGGUGCUUAGGCCUGUUUCAGUCACUCGGGUUGCAGUCAACAGAUGCUCAAGCUAUUAUUGCCACCACUUCGGUUCCAUUGAUUAUACAGCGAGCUUGUCCCACUAAAUGUGACUAGUGACACCAUCUAUCGCGGAAACCAGCAACGCUUGCCAGAAGACGGGGAAAAUGCCUCUACCAUCAUCCCAGCCAUCUUCCUCUUCCCCGGGUCUCAAGCGGAAACAACCAACUAUUGCUAGCUUCUUCACGAAAAAGCCACAACCAGUACAACGAGAAUCGGCAAAUGGCGGUGGCAAAGAGAAGAGCGCGGAAGCAGCAGCGGCAGCAAAAGAAAAAGUGGAAAAUCACGACAAGUCGCCAGAGCAUGAGUCUCACUUGACCGAUGAGGACGACGAAGAUAUCGUGGCACCGGCUCCUAAAAGAGCGAAAAUCAAUGGGCGGCACUCCGAAGAUAAAGACCAAAGCCCGAAGCCAACAUCUAUUCCGACUCCUGAGCAAACCACACUACCGGAUAGUAGUAAUCGGAGCGAGCUAUUCAAAUUUGCCAGCUCGCCUGCUGUGAACCCCAGCACAGACAAGAAACAGGAGACGGAAGACCAUGAGGCGAAACAAAGACGGAAGGAGAGAGACGAGCUACACCAAAAGUUCGUCCGGAAGCUGGGCGGUGCAGAUUGCUUGAUUGGCAUCGGUAGAAAUGCCGUCCACGAAGCCACCGCUGCAGAGGAUGCGGAGGCAGAAGAGGACGAGGAGCCACCAGCCCCUCCCACCAAGGGCAAGGCCAGCGCAAAGAAAGGCGCAAGCAAGCUCACUCCUAUGGAAAAACAAGUAAUCGACAUAAAGCGCAAGCAUGCGGAUACCGUACUCGUCGUCGAGGUUGGCUACAAGUUCCGAUUCUUUGGCGAAGAUGCGAGGAUCGCUGCGAAAGAGUUGUCCAUAGUCUGCAUUCCCGGGAAGUUUAGGUUCGAUGAACAUCCCUCCGAAGCACACCUCGAUCGUUUCGCCUCCGCCAGCAUACCAGUCCACAGGCUACACGUUCACGUGAAGCGCCUAGUUGCCGCGGGUCACAAGGUCGGCGUGGUAAGGCAGAUAGAGACGGCUGCCCUCAAGGCCGCGGGAGAUAAUCGAAAUGCUCCUUUUGUGCGCAAGCUCACAAACCUAUAUACAAAAGGAACCUACAUCGAUGAUGCAGAGGGCCUGGAAGGACCUAUGUCUGCGGCGUCAGGGGGCGCGUCUCCGGCAACGGGCUACCUGCUUUGCAUUACCGAGUCGAAUGCGAAAGGCUGGGUCAAUGACGAAAAGGUCCAUAUCGGCAUUGUCGCGGUGCAGCCGGCGACAGGAGACAUAGUCUAUGAUGAUUUUGAAGAUGGGUUUAUGAGAAGCGAAAUCGAGACAAGACUGCUCCAUAUUGCUCCCUGUGAGCUUCUCAUUGUCGGUGAGCUGUCCAAGGCUACGGAGAAGCUUGUUCAACAUCUCUCCGGUAGCAAGUUGAACGUGUUCGGUGACAAGACGCGUGUGGAAAGAGUCACCAAGUCGAAAACCGCUGCAGCUGAGUCACAUAGCCAUGUUUCAAGUUUCUACGCAGGGAACAUGAAAACAGCCAGCGCUGCGGAUGACGCGCAAGCGAGCAGUCUGCUUCAAAAGGUGCUCAACCUACCGGAGCAAGUGACCGUCUGUCUCUCCGCUAUGAUCGAGCACAUGAAAGAGUACGGGUUGGAAUAUGUUUUCAAGCUGACCAAGUACUUCCAACACUUCUCCUCCCGCUCGCACAUGCUUCUCAACGGAAACACCCUUAUGAGCCUUGAAAUUUACCAAAAUCAAACCGAUCAUACCACGAAAGGCAGUCUUUUUUGGACGCUCGAUCGAACGCAAACGCGCUUUGGGCAGAGAAUGCUUAGGAAAUGGGUUGGACGUCCUUUGCUAGAUAAGUCGAGGCUCGAAGAGAGGGUGAAUGCUGUUGAAGAACUCAAGAACCCGGAAAGAACGGGCAUGGUCGAGCGGCUUAAAGCAUUGCUUGGUAAGGUCAGGAGUGACUUGGAAAAGAGCCUGAUCCGGAUCUACUACGGCAAGUGUACUCGACCGGAGCUCCUCACUGUACUCCAGACCAUGCAAAUGAUCGCGCAGGAAUUUGCUGAUGUUAAAUCGCCUGCGGAUACCGGUUUUACGUCCACUGCCAUUAAUGAAGCGAUCACUUCCCUCCCCACGAUCUUGGAGGAAGUUGUUUCUUUCCUGGACAAAAUCAAUAUGCAUGCUGCGAAAAGCGAUGAUAAGUAUGCCUUCUUCCAUGAAAGUGAAGAGACGGAAGAUAUCAGCGACCAAAAGCUUGGGAUUGCCAGCGUUGAACACGAUCUACGAGAACAUCGCUCUGUUGCCGGUGAAAAGCUUGGAAGAAAGACUGUCGAAUACAAAUCCGUUUCGGGUGUCGACUAUCUGAUCGAGGUUGAGAACAGCUCGGCUUCCAUCAAAAGGGUACCUGCAUCAUGGGUGAAAGUCAGCGGAACAAAGAAGGUGUCGCGAUUCCACACGCCUGAAGUUAUUCAGCUAAUACGACAACGCGAUCAACACAAAGAGGCCUUGGCCGCGGCCUGCGACAAGGCUUUCAUGGGUCUCCUGGCCGAGAUAGCAACCCGGUACCAGCCCUUCCGGGAUUGUGUACAGGCGUUGGCCACGCUUGAUUGCCUGAUUUCUCUUGCUACCAUAGCCAGUCAACCCGGCUAUGUCAAACCCGAAUAUACGGAGGAUAGGUGCAUCCACGUUGAGCAAGGCCGUCAUCCUAUGGUCGAGCAACUCCUGUUGGAUAGCUUCGUUCCGAAUGACAUCGACUUGGACGGCGACAAGACCCGCGCCCUGCUGGUCACGGGUCCCAAUAUGGGCGGCAAGUCCAGUUAUGUACGGCAAGUGGCACUUAUUGCCAUCAUGGGGCAAAUUGGCUCAUAUGUCCCUGCGCGUGCGGCAAAACUUGGUAUGCUCGACGCCGUGUUCACUCGCAUGGGUGCUUUUGACAACAUGCUGGCGGGUGAAUCUACCUUCAUGGUCGAGCUGUCCGAGACUGCGGACAUACUCAAGCAGGCGACACCUCGUUCACUUGUCAUCCUGGACGAACUAGGUCGAGGCACGUCCACGCACGAUGGUGUUGCCAUUGCCCAAGCCGUCCUUGACUACAUGGUACGAUCGAUCGGGAGCCUGACGCUCUUCAUCACACACUAUCAGCACCUCUCCUCCAUGGUGCAUUCGUUUGCCGACCACGAGCUACAGAACGUGCAUAUGAGCUUCACUGAGUCCGGGACAGGGCAGGACGAAGAAAUCACAUUCCUGUAUGAAGUCAGCGAGGGCGUGGCGCACCGAAGUUACGGACUGAAUGUUGCACGAUUGGCCAAUCUACCAGGGCCGCUGCUGGAGCAGGCCAAACAAAAGAGCAAAGAGCUCGAAGAGAAAAUCCGCCGCCGGAAACUUGCUGGACUUGUGACGGCGGUUGGAGACGUCAUGGGCGGAUCCAGCGAUGAAGGCAUGAUCGAGCGACUGAUUAGCAGCGCGGAGCAGCUGUGAUGUUGCCGUUUGAUAUCCGGUCGCCGUUUUCGGGCUCAUGCUAUGGUUAUUAUUUGAAGCCGGCAUAUUGUCAUCAAGUUGGAGCAUGGUUAUAGGCUUGGGGGCAACUGUACAUAGAUACUCUGUAGAUUAUCACGGGACGCCUUAGGACGCGG